AUGUCCUUCGCCGGCGCAUCCUUCGUUGCUGGCGGUAGGCUGCUACAGCCACCCGCGCAGUCGGCCAUGAUCUACUCCGGCACGGCCAGCAGCGGCAGCUGGUGGUAUCACCUGCUUGUGGUCGAAGGCUACUCCCGCGUCAAAGAACUGCCCGAUGGAAGGAGAAUCAGAGGUCGCACCUUCCGAGCUGGAGGUUACCGAUGGGCUCUGAAAUUCUAUCCCAAUGGUGAUGGCAUCGAUGCUGCCGGUUUCAUGUCCGUUUGUCUCAUCCUUGAUCAGGAUGUUGCACGAUCUGUGAAGGUGCAUACUCAGUUUAGUUUCAUUGAUCAGGUUGACAAGUAA